AUGAGAACAUGCCCUGAUGAAAAAACAACUCGUUACAUAGAUCAUUUCCAAUUACCAACGGAAAUUACCAAAAAAAUUAUAAUGUUUUUAAGCCAAAACGAUCUCACUAUUUUGGUUAGAAUAAAUAAGCAAUUUUAUAAAGUUUUUAUUCCAUAUCUAUAUAAAAAUAUUUAUUUGAACAAAGUGCCAUAUUCAUACAGGGAUAGCGAACCUUAUCUGGGAUUUAGAAACUGGUCCACUUUGCAAGUCCCACAAAAAAUCAAAGAGAAUGAAAACGGAUAUGAAGAAACGGAUAGUAAAAAUAAAGUUGAUACACAAAGUUUUAGAGAGUUAUUGAGAACUGUAAAGGAAAAUCCAACGUUGGUCCCGCUUAUUGAAAAAAUACAUUGUACGUGGCAUCUAAACCAUGAACUAUUAUCAGAAUUCAUCGUUAUUAUAUUGUCAAACAAAAAUAAUAAUUUAACCCAUUUGGAAAAUUUGGCUAGCUUUGAAAUUUUCCAGUAUAUUUGGUUAAAAUUUGGAAAUUCCUAUAAUCUGAGUAAAAUGCAACAUUUUGAAAUGCCAUAUUAUAUUCUGUGUCCAGAAAAAGGCGUAUCCAACGUUCCACAGAGUUAUAUAGACAAGUUGGACAAUCUAAUGAAACCUAUUUUAAAGGUACAACCUAAUUUUUGGCAAAAUUUAACUAGUUUGAAUAUCUCUGUAAACCCUUUGUUUUAUUCCAGGCCAUUUAUGGUCAAACUAAAUAUUAAAAAAUUGGUUCUAAAUAUCAGACCAGAAAAAUAUGCUUGUUCGUGGACGAAUAAUGAUGUCCAUUAUAGACACGUGUUUGAUAUGGAAGCAUUAGAGCAUUUAGAACUUUUAUCAUGGUUUUAUGAAGACUCUUAUAGGAUAAAACACAUAUAUGAGGAUUUCAAACUUUAUGAGUUUUUAGAUUAUCCCAACAUCAAACAUUUUGAAUUGUUGUCAAUGCCAGCUAAUGAAAAGUUUUUACAAAGAAUGGUAAAUACCUGGACCAAGUUGGAGGCUAUGACUUUAUCUUUUGCGUUUAGUACCUGUUACUCUUAUACUUUUUUGCAAAAUGCUGCUUUCCAUUCUAAGUUGAAAAUUUUGAAAAUUGAAAUUGAUCAAAAUAUUAAUCUUUUGAGUUGUGAUCUUGUUCCCGAAAAUGCCGAUUACCUUGUGAAAAUGAGGUAUUAUCCUUCAAGCUGCAGAUGUACCACCUGUAACUCGAUUUAUACCAAUAUCAUCUGCUUGAAGUACAUGUAUUACAAAGAUAAAGUCAAUCCAACAUCAAACAUACUGUUAAUUUAUCACAACAACUCUACAAAUGGGGAAACACCUGACCCUGCCGAUAAAGCAUUCGUCUUGUAUGAUGAAUACAUUAAUAGAGAUUUUGCUGCGCACAUAUUAAAUGAAUAUUGUAUCUAUCCUCAUGUUGAAAUUUCACAAGAUUUACCUGAUCUUUCGUAUCGUGUAUGCGAUCUUAAAACAAUGGCAGUUCGGAUUAGUGAGCGUUUAGGACUACCCCCUGGUUUGAAGUUACUUCCUGAUGAUAUCGUUAAGUUAUCGCAUUAUAUGAUUCAUGCUUUCAAAAAAAACUUUAAUGAAAUUCUAAGAUAUUUUCCUAAUUUAGAUUUUUUAGUUUUUAAUGGGAUUCCACUAGAAAUUAGAGAAGAAGCAAGUCAAAAACAUUGUUUCCCAUUAUACUUUUCAGAAGGAUACAAAAGUAACCAAUUAUAUGAAACGGCUAGUAUAGGUCAAGAUUUGUUUUCAUAG